GAAUUUGUGAAACUGCCGUUUUUCCUAAAGUUGUAUUUGUGAAGACCCCUGUCACAUACAGUACUUUUUAUCAAAUAUUGUCCUUCUAUGACACAGAUUUUACACGUUAUUCUUUUCUCUCGGAUAUAUAUUUCUGAACAUAACGUUAGGGUUCCUAUACAUUUUCUUCGCCAUGAUUAAAUAGUCCAAUAAUUAGGUAUCGUACAAAAAGAAAGGCAUUUCUUCGAAGUGAUAAAUGAAAACUCCCUAUCUCUCCUCUGUACUAUCAUUUCAACAUUUUAAAUAUCAGCCCUUCACGUUUUUGUCUCAUUAGAUAAAACCAGAAAAAAAUGCAUAGUGAACAGUACCUCACUUGUCUGUAUAGCUAGAUAUGUAAAUAAGAGCAAGUACAAAAUUAUAUUUUUUGUACAUUAAACGCUUACAAGUACUAAACUAUUAGUUCGAUUGUCUUGGGAUUGGUUUCAUAUAAUUGCGUGAACAAUUGCAUUGGAAAAUUUACAUUAGAUAUGCAGAAAGCUUCUGGAUAGCAAUAUGAAUUAUAUAAAUCAGUCCGUGCAAAAAAAAGAAAAAAAAAAGAGUUAUUGUUUAUAGAUAAAAAAAAAAUCCUUCAACUUUUAAACUUUUUGUUCCAUUGACUUGUGUAUAAUACAGGAAUCCAUAUUUUGCGUGUCUUAGAUAGUAAUAUCAGAAGCGUAAAUAGGUUCAAGUACAAAUUAGUACUUUUUAUACAUAAAAUCCUUAUAACUUCUAAACUAUUAGACUGAUGGUCCUGGAAUAGAUCUCAUUAAAUUCAGUGGGAAGAUUUAAACCGAAAAAAUAUUUCUCACGGAAAAUAGGCUCCCUUCUCCCCCUUACAUCACCCCAUUAUUUCUUUCAAAAAGAGGAUAAGUGUAACAUCAGAGAUGGGGAGUUUUCAGGUAUCAUUUAUUGUAACCAAAAAAAGCUUUUUAUGAAGAAAAAAAAUCUUUGGUAUUAAUUCUUUAGUAGAAGAAGUCAAAUUUUAAUAGACUAUAAAGAGAUAUGGUAUAAGAAAAUCGUAUUCAUAGUUUCCUGUUCCAAAUUUAAUAGAUCUUCUAAUACAGAUUAAAAAUAAAAUUCAGUUUUAAAUUUAUUAAUACAAUACUCAGUUUUAAACGUAUCCAAUUUAAUAUAUCAGUUAUAAUAUAUCAAUUAUAUAAAUUAAUUUAAUAUAACCAAUUUAAUCAUUAAAGAUAAAUAAAGCAUAAGUUUAGACACCGGUUUUAAAUUUAACCUCACUUCAAUUUGUCAAUUUUUAAUUUCUGAAAACCCCCAUGGGAAAAGUUAUACCUGCGUGUGUGAUAAAUUAUAACAUUUAGAAUACAGAGAAUGCGUCUUAAUGCAACAAUAGCUGGCGAGGAAUCUAAAGUGAAAGUGAAACUAAAACCUCCGAAGUGGCAAGAUGUGCUGCGCAUGCCUGAUAUGAUAGUUUGAACACAGCCUGGAACGGCCUUAGUUUCACUUUCAAGACGCUUUAGUUUGUACUUUUCUCUUCUGCUUUUAUAAUCAAACGGAUUUUUUAAAACUGAUGUGAUAAUAGGAUUUUAUAAGAAAGCUUUCAAUAUGACCGAAGCAAAUAUGUCACACUUGGCCUUAUUUAACAGUGUUUUCAAUACAUCUACAAUUGAAUCACUUAGAGCAGAAGAAAAAUUAAUCGCUUCGUUAAUCUUUGAAAAUGCUAGAGAAGUUGUUAUGAGCAUGGCUAAUGGCGAUCUUUCGAGUGAAGAAUCCUCAGAUGAAGAUGAGAAUGAUGUGGAAUUCACUAAUAAAUUCGAGUUAACAAGAAGAAAUUUGAGAAUGAUUAUCGAUGCCUUCAAUGAAGCACAAAAGGCUCGACAGAGUUUUCAGAAAUAUUGCCCUAAGUGGGCUCCUUCCAGGAAAAAGAAUAUUUCUCGUUUAAGAGAGAUAGCUGAUUGCAUCAAUACUGAUCGCUUUAAUUGUAAUGUCGCCACAAUAACCGGCAGUUCUGUUGGUAUAGCUGGAGGUGUAGCUAUUGGUGUAUCUCUUGUUUUCCCACCUGCUGCUAUAGUUUUAGGUGCUGUUGGUGGAAUCGCUUCACUUGCAGGUGGUGCUACUGUAUUUGGUACAGCUGUAACACAAACAACUCUCUUGCGCAAGAAGAUGAGUAAGGCGCAAGAAAUUCUUACAAAGGACGGAAAGCAAUUUUUACCCUUGGCUAAGUGGUUUCAACAUUCUCAAAACUUAAUAGAUUUAUUGGAUAAAAUCAUUGGAUUUGAUAUAAUGCAAGAAAUUUUUGAAGGUCUGAAAAAUUUUAAAGCUGAUGUUACGCAUUUUCUUUCUUUAAAAACUGGAGUUAUGCAUUCUUUAUUAAAAAAACUUAUUAAGCUUUUUGUUGAAAAAGCUGCUCCAUCUGGUUUUGGUGCUUGCUCUGAAUUUGAGCAGAUAAUUCCAGUUGUUAUAGCUUUUGUCUUUGUUGUAAUAUUCUUCCGUAAAAAUAAUAGUCUAUUAUUCAAUUGUAUUGUUCUAACACACCGCACUGUUUUGGGCCUACUCAAACUUUUUGACAUGGGGAGUGACCUAGGAAUGCUUAUAUACAAUGCUGCUGCAAAAGCAGGACUUGCUUCUACAGAGCUUAUCACAAAAGCCACAGCAAAAAUGGUCACUCAAGGUGUAUUAGUUGGUAUUGGAGUGGCUUUGGAUGUAGCAAACCUUGUUGUAGCUUCUAUCGAUGUCCACAAGGGAUCGGUGAGUGAACAAGCUGUCCAGUUAAAAGCUGCAGCAAAUCAGUUAGAAAAUGAACUGAAAAUAAUUAAAGCAGUCUAUAAUGCUUUAUUUUGAGAUGUUAACAAAGCAGGGUUGUACAAAAGAAUAUUUUUCUAAAUAUAUAUUUUCUGGCUUU